AUGGAUGCAGAAGAGUUGAUUGAGUCCAUCAUCAGGGCUCUCAUGUUUCUCACAGGGAUCCUGGGAAACAACUGGCUGGCUAUACGCUCCCUGCCCAGGCAGAAAUCUGGCAUCCGCACCAACGAGGUCCUUUUCAUCAACCUGGCGGUCUCCAACCUCAUCACCAGCUACCUGGUGGACCUGCCUGACACCAUUGCAGAUUUUGCCGGCCGAUGGUUCCUGGGGGAAACCUUCUGCGGUGUGUUUCGUUUUUGUUCUGACCUCUCCGAAACCAGCAGCAUCUACACGACCUUCUUCAUCAGCGCUUUCUGGCACCAGAAGCUGGUCGGGUCCCUGAAACGUGGGGGAGCACCGGUGCGGCUGGACAGCCUGUGUCUGGUGGGCUGUCUGCUGGCCGGGAGCUGGAUGGUGGCUGUGGCCUUCAGCAUCCCACAUUUUUUCUUUGUCGUAGUUGAGGGAGGAAACGACAGCCAUGAGGACUGUGUAGACAUCUUUCCUAACGCAUUUGCCAGGCAAACCUACGACACCUUUUAUUUAACCCUGGCUAAUGCGCUCCCCGUUGCUGGGAUUGUAUUUGCCAGUGUCCAAAUUGUCAUCACUCUGCUUCAAAACCAGCGACGCAUAAAGGCUCAUAACUCUGACGCCACCAGGGAAAGUGUUCGAGAUGAAAACAGAAAUGAUGAGAGCUCUGUCAGCAUGGAUGCUGGACCAGGCACCUCAAAAGAUCGCAAAGAUUCUGCAUCCCGGAACAUUUAUACGGGCAUAGCUGCUUCCCACUGUCCAAACGGGGGCAUGUCUGGUCACAGUUCCCACAGUUCUCCCAUCAACAGGGGAACUAACACCGACGGCAGAGUUGGAGCUCAACCAGGUCUUUCUCGGCCCAGCCAGAUGCUAACUAAGCCCAGUACGAGCACAAGCACUCAGGUGAGGGCAGCCAAGAGUGUGGUGGCUGUGGCCAGCGUAUUCCUGGUCUGCUGGCUGACUCAUCUGUUUCUGCGCAUCACCAACAGCAUCCACACCUCCUCAAUAAUGGUGGAGGUGGCCAGCUAUAUUGCAGCCUCCUACACCUGCAUCAUCCCCUACAUAUUCCUGCAUGGAGUGAAAAAGCUUUCUUGCUCAUGUAAAAGGUAGAAAUGUGUACACUGCAUCCACUUUAUACUCAGUGUAGUGUUUCUCUAAUCUAAUAUUCAAGUGGUCUCAAAACUACUAUUUGUCUCUCAUAUCCAGUCAGAAAGCCCCAAAAGCCUAAAAAGAAAACUAAACGUGAGAGCGCUUUAUUGUCAGGGUUAAACAGCUUUGAAGUGUUCUGUCUAGUGAUCUCAGGCUGA